CCUGCUUUCCUCCAUCUGCCUAUCUGUAUUUCAGUUGUAAUAUUUAUUUACUCUAUAUUCCCUCCUUUUCCCCACUGUUCCCCCGGUCACUAUUUCCCUCUCCGUCUCCCUCCAUUCUCUUUGUGUCUGACAGCCCUAGCCCUAGAGGUCAUACAGAAGCCAUUGUCUCAGCAGCACCCGGUAACCGUUGUGUUGUGCUUUGUUCAGCAGCCGCUCCCAGGCUGGCUGGGAGGUUGCGUUGUUGCACACUUAUUAGUGUCCUGGAGACCAGGGCGUGUCACCUGCCCACCCCCUUCUGUGUUACUAAGGACGCUGCAGCCAUUGGCCUUUUAUAUAUAGAGGAGAAAGGAGCGAACGGCACUAACAGCUCCGUAUCCGAGCACCUAACUCAUCGGAACCAGGAGAUCUACAUCCAAUAACAUGAGGGAGUGCAUUUCAGUCCACGUUGGCCAGGCCGGAGUGCAGAUUGGCAAUGCAUGCUGGGAACUGUACUGCUUGGAACAUGGGAUUCAGCCAGAUGGACAGAUGCCCAGUGACAAAACCAUCGGUGGAGGAGAUGAUUCCUUCAACACCUUCUUCAGUGAGACUGGGGCUGGCAAACAUGUUCCCCGCGCUGUCUUUGUGGACCUGGAACCCACUGUGAUUGAUGAGGUGAGGACAGGAACCUACAGACAACUUUUCCAUCCUGAACAACUCAUCACUGGCAAGGAAGAUGCCGCCAAUAACUAUGCCCGUGGUCAUUACACCAUUGGCAAGGAGAUUAUUGACCUGGUACUGGACAGGAUCCGUAAAUUGGCUGAUCAGUGCACAGGUCUCCAGGGCUUCCUCAUCUUUCACAGUUUUGGUGGUGGCACUGGUUCAGGCUUCACUUCCCUCUUGAUGGAACGACUCUCUGUUGACUAUGGCAAGAAGUCCAAGCUGGAAUUCUCCAUCUAUCCAGCGCCUCAGAUUUCCACAGCUGUUGUUGAACCGUACAACGCUAUACUCACGACCCACACCACUCUGGAGCACUCAGAUUGUGCCUUCAUGGUGGACAAUGAAGCCAUUUAUGACAUCUGCCGAAGAAACCUGGACAUUGAACGCCCAACCUACACUAAUCUAAACCGUCUGAUUGGUCAGAUUGUGUCUUCAAUCACAGCCUCCCUCAGGUUUGAUGGAGCUCUGAAUGUAGACUUGACAGAAUUUCAGACCAACCUGGUGCCCUAUCCCCGUAUCCACUUCCCCCUGGCCACCUAUGCCCCUGUUAUCUCUGCAGAGAAGGCUUACCAUGAGCAGCUCUCUGUAUCUGAGAUCACCAAUGCUUGCUUUGAGCCAGCAAACCAGAUGGUGAAAUGUGACCCCAGGCAUGGUAAAUACAUGGCUUGCUGCCUGCUGUACCGUGGUGAUGUGGUGCCUAAGGAUGUCAAUGCUGCUAUUGCCACCAUUAAGACCAAGCGUACCAUCCAGUUUGUGGACUGGUGCCCUACAGGUUUUAAGGUUGGUAUCAAUUACCAGCCACCAACUGUGGUUCCCGGUGGAGACCUGGCCAAAGUGCAGCGUGCUGUGUGCAUGUUGAGCAACACCACCGCCAUUGCUGAGGCCUGGGCUCGCCUGGACCACAAGUUUGACCUGAUGUAUGCCAAGCGCGCCUUUGUGCACUGGUAUGUGGGGGAGGGUAUGGAGGAGGGAGAGUUCUCUGAGGCCCGGGAGGACAUGGCUGCCCUGGAGAAGGAUUAUGAAGAGGUCGGCACUGACAGCGUGGAAGGGGAAGGAGAAGAAGAGGGAGAAGAAUAUUAAAUGAAUGCUCAAUAAACUUGACAUAAAAUGUAGUUUUUAUGACCAAUAUUUCUGUCAUAUAUUCCCCACAAUUGGCUUAGUCAUCCUGUUAACUUGGACAUAACACAAAAAAAAGAAAUUAAAUGUUUCCACUACACUAUA